UGAAACGCAUAACAUCUGGCAAACAGCACGCGCCUCCCGCCGAAACUUGAUAGGCGAGUCAGACGAUCAGUAAACAGCGGGAGGGGAAGGCAUUGCAUUGGUGUUGUAUAAACAGACUGCAUUCAUAAGGAACGCGGCUACUGUCAUCAGCACCAUUCCACUGCCAAACCUCUAGCUGAAUACUCCGUCUGUGAUAACUUGGGAUUAUUCCAUCCACAUAAUACGACAUGGCUGACGAUGCACAACAACAAAAGGUCCGGGCCGCCACCUCUAAUGUGUUGACAAAGUUUAAUCAGAGGGUCAUCCAAGAAAUGAAGGAGGCCUUCACAAUGAUUGACCAGAACAGAGAUGGAUUUAUCGAUGUUAAUGACCUUAAAGAAAUGUUUUCAUCACUAGGAAGUGCACCCGAUGACAAAACCCUGAAAGCUAUGUUGGCAGAGGCCCCAGGUCCCCUUAACUUCACCAUGUUCCUCUCACUCUUCAGCGACAAACUCGGCGGUACCGAUCCCGAGGACUCGUUAAAAAACGCCUUCGCCAUGUUUGACGUUGAUGGAAAGGGCAAAAUUCCAGAGGAAUAUAUCAAGGACUUAUUAGAAAACAUGGGAGACAACUUCACAAAGGAUGAGAUGAGACAGACAUUCAAAGAAGCCCCCAUUGAAGGAGGAAAGUUAGAUUAUGAAAGAUUUGUACAAAUCAUAAAGGGAAGCAGCUCAGAGGAAGCAUAAUAACAUCAAACGUCUAGUCGACUCAACUCAUCCAUCACCCCUCAGAAAAAAAAACGAACUUUAUAUCUCCGUGAAUGUGGCGUAUACGACUUUAAAUCACGUGUCAACGUGUUAAAAAAGGACAAUAAAUUAUCUAUACCUAAGGACAGCAGUUGAAGGCUCAUUUUGAUACAAGGGGUGAAAAUCUUUUUAUUUAUUUAUUUCUUUUUCUUCCUUAAAAUUGUUUGAAUUACGGUUUUUCUCAAGCCAAAGAGCACUACCAUUCCAUUAUUAUUACUGUUCAGACACCUUUGCUGCCACUGCUCCCCGGGCCUAGUUAGGAAGCACUCCCAUCUUCAGCAGAGCGUGUCUGUUAAGGAGGCGCGUGGGGGUUAAUCGGAAACCAUCUCGAGUGUUAUAUAUAUAUAGAAAGUGACAUCUGAUGAAUAUCUUGCCUCCGUCUUUUUCUGUUGGCUUGGGAUGAAUCGUCUGAAAUUCGAUCCAUGGCAGCCGAAACCACUGCCAAAUUUAGAACACCUGUCAUUUGUUCGUUUCUCAUGUACAGUGUUAGCAUCCCAUUAGUAAUCUAAUAAUAGAUAUUCCUACACUGUAUAGGAUUCGUUAUGUUGGGUGGGAGGUUUUUAUCUACGGAGACUAUUUGCUCCUUAUGUUACAUGAAAUGAAAAUGAGUGUAUUUAUUUCUCUCGUUUCGAUAAUAUUGACCUGUCGUAUAUUCAUUCAUGAUGGAACAAAGUUUAAAUUUUUUUUAUUUGAUAAAUAAUUUUAUUUAUUUAUAAUUGUUAAUCCAAUUGAAUAUUUAUUAAUUAGCGCGUGACCGACAACCUCUGGCCAGUUUGUAGACAAGUACUUGAUCUACAGCGGAAACCAUGUCAGCCCUGCCACGCCCUCUAGAGCUCAGUUGAUAAACUAGGACAAUAAUUGUCGAAGUUUCUGAACUCGCCCUACAGGGAACGCUGACGUAUGUGAUAUGUUGACAUGGCUGCCGUUUUUGCUACUACCUGGGUGGACUGUUCCCAAUGUAACCAAUUAUUGUACUAAUAAAACCUCUGUGCACAGAGUGAACUUCA